CUGGCUAAGUUUGUUUCUGAAAUGGCGACGUUUAUGGCUAUUCUUUGGGGGUGUGUUGUUUCGAUUGCUGCUUUGAUUGCAGUAAUUUUUCCAGUAUUUUCGAUUUACUUGACAUACCUCCAUUGGAAAUAUUGUCAUCUACCUGGACCAAAACGGGACAGCUUUUUCUCCGGUAACUUGCCUUAUAUCUUAAGUGAAAGAGCGAAAGGACUAACUAUAUACGAGAUCUCUGGUAAACUUCACGAAAUUUACGGUCCAGUUGUUCUUUUGUUUGCCUACCAUAAACCAUUCACGUUCGUAUCUGAUCCAGAACUUGUACGAAAAUGUAUCAUCACGCUCAAUUUACCGAAAAAUCCUGUCGUUUACGGGCACCUUGGAUACCCGUUCGGUCAACGUCUAGCCGGACGCGGUGUGUUAAACGAAGUCGACCAUGGCGUGUGGCAGAAGCGGAGGGCACUCCUGAAUCCAGCAUUUCAUCGCCGCUACUUGAUGAAUUUAAUGUCCUCGUUUAAUGACAGCUGCAACCUGUUUCUGGAAAAAUUGGAUGAAAUGGCUGACGGAAAGACUGUUGUGAAUAUGGCGGAUGAAUUCGCCAGAGUUACUCUUGAUGUCAUCGGAAAGGUUGCAUUCAAUGUUGAUGUCAAUACAAUCCAAGAUGCUGAUAGUCCCUUCCCAUCCUCCAUUUAUAAAUGUCUUAAAGGGGUCCUGGAAAGUUUGCGAACUCCAUUCUGGAGAAUAUCUUUGUCAACAUAUGCUUAUCAAAGAAGUGUGAUUGAGGCAGCUAAAUUCAUCCGUAACUUUGGAAAGAAGGUGAUCCUUGAUAGACAGGGAGCUGUUUUACAAGGAGAAGAUACACCACUUGAUAUUCUGGCUCACAUUUUGAGUGUCAAGGAAAAGCAGUCAAGUAUCACAAAUGAAGAUCUUGUGGAUGAUUUUGUGACAUUUUUUGUUGCAGGUCAGGAAACAACAUCUAACCAGUUGUCCUUCACUCUUUAUGAAAUACUGAGGCAUCCAGAGGUUGAAAACAGAAUUGUUAAGGAAAUUGAAGCCGUUCUUGGUUCCCAUCAGUUUUUGGAAUACAAGGAUCUUGGCAACCUUCAGUUCCUGGGUCAGACUCUCAAGGAAGGUUUGCGACUUCACCCUCCAAUCGGAGGCAUAACGCGCAUAACCACCAGAGAUGAGAACAUUGGGGGUUACAUCUUUCCUGCUGGUACCUCUGUGAAUAUCAGUCAGUUCUUGAUGCACCGCCAUUUAGAUUCAUGGAAAGAUCCACUUCAAUUUGAUCCUGACAGAUUUUCACCUGAGGUAAAAGGUGAAAUUCCACACUCUGUUUACUUCCCAUUCUCUCUCGGCCCUCGGACUUGUAUUGGACAAACAUUUGCUCAGAUCGAGGCUCGAGUGUUUAUGGCGCGGCUGCUGCAGCAGUUUGAGUUGACACUCUGUCCUGGUCAGGAUGAUAUGAAACACGAAGAGGCUUUGACCCUGAGGCCCAAAGGGGGUGUACUUUGUACUCUCAAACGAAGACACGAAAACUGAAGCAAACCAAGGAGACCCAUGUGAAUUAGGCAAAAGUAAUUAGAGAAAUUUUCAAUUAAGUGACGAAAAGAAUCGGUUUGGCGUUGGCUUUUCUUCAACUACGCCUGGUGAUUGGUCUAGAAAAUUAACGCCCCCAUUUCAAUCAAUCAGAUCCAAUUGAAAACAUAUUUUCGCAUGGUCACAUCACAGCGGUCAAACGGCUGCGCAUGUUGUUGUAGAAGCUAGGUGGCUUUAUUUCAGGUGUUCAAUACCAAUUUUUCCUUUAAGAGUGAUAGUGGUUGUUUCUUAUGUUUUCUUUUGUAAUUUUGCGCCCAAGUUUUGUUCACGGCCAGCUAAAAAUCGAUCCCCUCGCACAUGCCCGACGUGUGACCGCUGUGUUCUUAGCCACACACGUUUUCCCGCGUCAGAGACUCUUUCCAU